GUUUGUUUUGUUUUGUUUCAUGUCAACAUUGUUGCCUACGUUCCACCAACACAUCAACAGAGCACAACUAGAAACCACCGGCAGCCCACAGGCAAAGUCGCCGGCCGGAAGCAGCGCCGGCGCGCUGCCGCCGGAAGCGCGCACGCCCACGGCGCCCGCCAACAAGCAGCUGCAGAAUGUCAAAGGCGGCGAGCAUCCGUCGAUGGCGUUCCUCCAGAACCGCAGCAUCUCGCUGGUGGACAUGUACAUCGACAACACCGAGCCGUCGGAGAACGUCGGCCAGAUUCACUUCUCGCUCGAGUACGACUUCCAGAAUACGACUCUCAUCCUACGGAUCAUACAGGGUAAAGAACUCCCGGCGAAAGAUUUGUCCGGCACGAGUGAUCCGUACGUGCGCGUUACGCUACUGCCGGACAAGAAGCACCGACUCGAGACAAAGAUCAAGCGGCGUACGUUGAACCCUCGCUGGAACGAGACCUUCUACUUCGAGGGUUUCCCCAUCCAGAAGUUGCAGUCACGUGUGCUUCAUUUACAUGUCUUUGACUAUGAUCGUUUCUCGCGCGAUGACUCCAUCGGCGAAGUUUUCCUACCACUUUGUCAGGUUGAUUUGAGUGAGAAGCCAGGGUUUUGGAAAGCGUUGAAGCCACCAGCAAAAGAUAAAUGUGGCGAAUUGCUCACCUCGUUAUGCUACCAUCCGAGUAACAGCAUUCUAACGCUCACCCUGCUCAAGGCACGUAACCUCAAAGCAAAGGACAUUAAUGGAAAAUCAGAUCCAUAUGUAAAGGUAUGGCUGCAGUUUGGUGACAAGCGGAUAGAGAAGCGCAAGACCGCCAUCUUUAAAUGCACUCUUAAUCCAGUCUUCAACGACACAUUUUCAUUUAAUGUACCAUGGGAGAAAAUCCGCGAAUGCUCGCUGGACGUGAUGGUGAUGGACUUUGACAACAUUGGCCGUAACGAGCUAAUCGGACGCAUUCUUUUGGCUGGUAAAAACGGUUCAGGCGCGUCGGAAACAAAGCACUGGCAGGAUAUGAUCACCAAACCGCGCCAGACGAUCGUCCAGUGGCACCGGCUAAAGCCGGAGUAAAAUGGCGCGUGGAUCAAGAUGGCCGGCAUACACUGCGGCCGCGUAUAAAUAUGCACGUAAAACGCGCGCACAUUUCUUCGACAGCUCUUUUCAAUCGACAAAAUAAAUGAAACAAAACACAACUUUAUGCACACAGAUACAUUAAACAUGAACCACACACAAGGCUAAGUUGUUGUUGUUGACGUUCAUACCGGAAGCACACGAAACCAAAUGCGAACGAUAAAUGUGCCAACAAAGAAUUGUCAUGGGUUGAUUUUCUGGUGCGCGUGCGCGCACUGCGAUAGUUAUUGUUGUAAACAACAUUUGAACACAACCACACACAUACAUGAAUACCAAACAACAUUUGAAAACAUAACCAAAAAAAAAAAAAAAGAUUAAUAAAACAUUAGACUGACGUGAUCGCCGUAGUUUUUAGCGAAAAGAUUAAAACAAAACAAAAAAUAAAGAAAUAUUUAAAUAUACAUAAAGAUGCAGACGAAAGGCGUAGGAUUUAAGUGAUUAAACGUAAAUCAUUAACGGUUAAUUAAUAUCGACGAGUUAGGUUAGAUGUGUGACCUUACAUAUGCAUUACGUAUUAAAAUGAGGAACCCGAACAGAUGGCGAACUGUCGAUCGCUUUUUCAGGUUAUGCGAACAAAACAGAGAUUUAAAAAAAUACAAAGCGAACGACCCUCGAACGCCUUAAAUGUUUUGACGAAUUAUAUUAAACGUUUUACGCCCCUACCCUUACCCACACACCUACGUGCUGAUGAUGUUGAUUUGUUACUGUAAACAAAAGUGUUAACAAAAUAGUUUCUAAGCAGACAAACCAACAAAACAGGAAACUUAGUUUAGUUGUAAGCAAAAUGAAGAUUAUAUUGAAAUGAAUGUUAAUAUCAGUAUUUUUCGUGAUAACAAACACGCAAAAACAAAAGAUGUUUAUUUCCGGUAAUGGCCGGAUCAAAAUCAUUAGGUGACAAUGUGCUUAAUCAGUAUUUUUUGUGAUAACAACAAAUCGUAGUGUGUCUCGUCGCGGAAUAAUCACAAAUAUAUUAUAUAUACCAACCAAGCAAACCAACAAAAUAAACAAGAAAACACAUACGUAUAGGCAGUAAUUAUAAAUAAAUGUUUAGCAUCUAAGUGGAAGAGACAAAACAUGCGAUGCGAUAAAAUGAAAAAAUACAAAAAAAAGCAGAUGAAGUUGUUAUUUAUAAUGUUGAUCGAGGCGAAAGACACAAGAUGGUCGCCGGAUGUAUACCGACAGCCAUGAUUGUUAGCGCCUAGCAUUGCGGCAACCAUACACACACAUAAGAUGUAAAAAGUAAUUAUUAAUAUUAACAAAAGAACAUAAAUAAUAAUGGUAAAAACAAAAACAAGAAAACAACCAAGAAACCAAAAUGGUACAGAUUUAUUAAUUGAAUUUACGCUUUAUUAUAAAAGAUUGUAUAGUAUUUUUAGAUAAUGUUAUAAUUCAUGAAUUCAUAUUAUCAGAAUGCGAACGGAGACGGGGCUGAUGAGGUGAGCUGAGGAAAUACAAAAGACAACAUGAUGCGCUUGAAGUUAGGUUAGGUUAGGUUCGUUUAUGCUGUUACACAGGGACGCGGCACGUAUCAGUGGCGCUCGAGUGCGAGCGCCACCUACCCCCUCAAAAGUUCUAUUUUUGCACAUCCACCACACACGCACACGAUAUUAUACGAGCGCCGACAUAUCCUCGUGUUAUUUUUGCCACUUCCGGUGCGACAUGCGAUGACGCACGCGCGCAUUCAUAUCUCGUUGAGUUUUGACGUUUGACAGAGUUUAUACUCGCGCCGGCGUUGGACGCUUGUUGUACAUAGAUGGCGUGCCGGUUGCGAUAGAGGCAGCAUGUGUGUGUAUUUCGUGUAAGAACCCAUUCUCUUUCUCUCUCUCUCGAGUAAAUGUUGUUUAAAGAGAAGAAAAAAACUAAUCUCCAGCAUAAACCUGUUUCAAUGUAUGUACAUAUAUGUUUAGCUGAUUAGAUUAUACGAGGACAUUUGAUGACUAAACACCUACACACAACAAACAUACAAACAAAAUACUAAAAUAUGAAUAUAUAUUACAUUGAUUGUUUAUUUGCAAAGUUAAAUUAUGAUCGAUGUUGAUUGAGUUAUGUUGGCGAUAUUUGAAUAUUUAAUACACACGUAAACUACAAACAAAGAGAAACAAAUGAGCUCUGAUGACAAACAGAAUGGCGUCUAGUCGGUUAUUUUUCUUCUCAGAACCUUUAUCUUCCACUAUCACCACCACAACCACCACCAAUGUAAACAUUCUCAUAUUUAAGUCUCAAAACGUGAACCAGCGUAAACCAGCGAUGACUAAACGUGUUUAAUUAUAUUUGGAUUGGUCGCGCAUUGAGCGCGAUUUGUUUGAGAUGACAUAAUGGCGGAGGAUACAUGGAUGAUGAUGUAGGCGAUACAAUAAUAAAACGUAUUUAAUUUAAAAA